AUGGAGGCGGAAUUGAAAGAGAUGCUUAACGAUCUUGAUUCUCUCAAGCAAUCACUGCCUGAUCCUUCAAAUCACGCUUCAAUUCAUAAGCUGCAAUCGCGUGUUGAGCAUCUCACGAAGCUUGCAAAGUCUGCUCCUGUUCGGCGUACGAAAGUCCAGGAUAUGAGUGCAGAGGUGGUGGAUAGUAAUCCUUAUAGUAGGCUAAUGGCGCUUCAGAGGAUGGGUAUUGUGGAGAAUUAUGAGAGAAUUCGGGACUUCUCGGUUGCCAUUGUUGGAAUCGGUGGCGUAGGCAGUGUUGCAGCUGAGAUGUUAACAAGGUGUGGCAUUGGUCGUCUUUUGUUGUAUGAUUAUGAUAAAGUAGAGUUAGCUAACAUGAAUAGGCUUUUCUUCCGUCCAGAACAGGUUGGCAUGACAAAGACCGAUGCUGCCAGUCAAACCCUUUCAGACAUAAAUCCUGAUGUCGUCCUCGAGAGCUUCACCUUGAACAUCACGACAGUGCAAGGAUUUGAAACCUUUAUGUCAAGUUUAAGAAAUAAGUCAUUUUGCCCAAAUAAAGAAGGCAGUGGAGUAGAUCUUGUUUUGAGCUGUGUGGAUAAUUAUGAAGCGAGGAUGGCUGUUAACCAGGCUUGCAAUGAGUUGAAUCAAACAUGGAUGGAGUCUGGAGUAUCUGAGGAUGCUGUCUCAGGUCACAUACAGCUGUUGAUUCCUGGAGAAACUGCUUGUUUUGCAUGUGCACCUCCUCUGGUUGUGGCAUCUGGAGUAGAUGAGCGUACUCUCAAGCGUGAAGGGGUCUGUGCAGCAUCUUUACCUACCACCAUGGGAGUUGUUGCAGGGCUUUUAGUGCAAAAUACUCUGAAGUUCCUGCUACAGUUUGGGCACGUGUCUCCUUACCUGGGUUACAAUUCUCUUAAAGAUUUUUUCCCAACCAUGGAAAUGAGGCCUAACCCUCAAUGUUCAAAUGCAGCUUGUCUGGAGCGUCAGAAAGAAUGCCUCCUCGCAAAGCCAGCUAAGGAUGCUGCAAUUAGAGCCAAGAUGGAGGCAGAAGCAUUAUUAGUUCCGGAAGGCCCACUUCAUGAUGAUAAUGAAUGGAACAUCAGUGUCGUCGAUGAUGAAGAGCUGGAAAGGACAGAUGCCACAAGUUCAGAUGCUCUUCCUGAAGGUCUUACUCGUGAGCUCCCACCUGCGGAUGAGUUUCAAAAAUUCUCAGCUGCUGAGCCAACUACAACUACUUUUGAUGACAUUGAAGAACUUCGGAAGCAACUUGAUGCCCUAAAUGCCUGA